GAAAAAUAUAAAUCAAUCAACAGGAAUCCAUGUUCGGAUAAAAUCUCAAUCGAUCAUCAAAAUUCAAAAAAAGGAUUAUUACAUUUUUCUUAGAAAUUUUGUUCUAGUAUUUCGUAUCAAUACUUCUCCCCCCCACCACAAGGUUAAUACAGAAACAGGAUUUCAUUUCCAAUUUUUUUCUAAACAAAUUUGGUUUUUUGGUUAGGCAUGCUGAUAUGUUUUCAAGAUGAGUGAUAUAACUUCAAAUGAUGGAAAACCCAAUCAAAAUGUUGUUCCAAGUGGAUCUGCUGAUAAUCCAGCAUCCACGAACAAUACAGCAGAAGAAGAUUUAUCCCAGCAAGGGAUGAAGAUCAUCAUGGACAUUAUCAAAAUAUCCAAUGGCCUUCCAAUGGGUCAGCAACGUGAGCUUUUGAAUACCUUUCCAGAAUUUGUCUCAUCGAUAACCAAGGAGGGUGAUUUCAUUCUGUCUGUGUUAUCUAACGCUAUUCGCAAUGAGGGAAUUGCUGGCAAUAUAAUCAGAAGAGAUAUAGAAGAAAAGCAUGAUAUGAUUGUUGAUACAAACGACAUUAUUCUGGAAAGAGUGGACAUCAAUUUGGAUGAAAUUCAAGGAAUAAAGAGGAAUCCUGAUCCAGUUCUCUCGAAAAUCGCUGCUGCAAAAGGUGCUCAAAAUAGGAAUUCACCGAUCGUGCAAAUUAAUGGACCUAACUCAGCAACACCACCUUUGAAGGACUGGAGUAAAAAUAGAGCAAUGGUGCGACUGAUCAACACAAGAAUAACACACAGACCACAAAUCAAAUUCAAGGAUAAAAUUGACAAUAGGAACAUCCCUUUCGAGCCCAGAAUAACAGAUAAGCCGAAUUCAUUGAAACCUCUGGCUAUAUUAGUAGAGGAGGACGAAGAACAUGGAGAAAGUUUCAGUCAUCCAUACGAAUAUGAACUGGACCUUUUCAAACCGAGAGAAGAACAACUUCUUCACAGACAACCAAUAGCAUACAAAGCGUUGGAUGAGGUGCCAUUUCUGAUUGUCAAUGACAACAAAUCAUUAGAAGAAAUGAUGAACCAUCUGAAAUGUCAGAAUGAAAUAGCUGUAGAUGUAGAGCAUCAUUCGUAUAGGACAUUCCAAGGAAUUACGUGCUUACUACAGAUUUCGUCCAGAGAAAGAGACUUUGUGAUUGACGCCUUGGAACUCAGAGACAGGUUACAUGUUCUCAAUGAUGUUUUCACCGACCCUAAAAUUGUCAAGGUAUUACACGGAGCUGACUCGGAUAUCCAAUGGCUGCAGCGUGACUUGUGUGUUUAUAUUGUGAACAUGUUUGACACGCACCAAGCUGCUCAGGUUCUCGACUUCCAUAGGCUCAGUCUCGCUCAUCUGUUGAAAGUUUUCUGCAAUAUUGAUUCGAAUAAAACUUAUCAGCUCUAUGACUGGAGGACAAGGCCUCUGUCAGACGAAGCCAUUAGAUAUGCCAGAGAGGAUACUCACUAUCUUCUUUACAUUUACGACCUCCUUCGGAAUCAGUUGAUAGAAAAAUGUAAGAACAACACAAACCUGCUAGAAAGCGUCAUCUACAGAAGUACACAGAUAUGCAAAAAGAAAUACUGGAAAGUGAUGUUGAAUGAAGAGAGUCACAUGGAUCUGUACAGGAAAAGUAGGAAAUUGUACGACAAUCGCCAAAUGUACGCCCUUCGACGUCUCUACAUGUGGCGCGACAAAAUCGCUCGAGAAGAAGAUGAAAGCUAUGCGUACGUUCUUCCUAACCAUAUGUUACUGCAAAUAUCUGAAUCGCUUCCAAGGGAAAUGCAGGGCAUAUUGGCAUGCUGCAAUCCUGUGCCACCUCUAGUUCGACAGAAUUUAUUGAUGAUUCAUAAAAUUCUUUUAGAAGCCAGAGAGCAGUCGCUUGUGAAGAAGCAUAUUGAGACAGAAGCUCAAAGACAGUCAAUAGAGCAGGCACCGAAUUGGAAGCCAGUGAAUGUGGAGAGUAAGCUGUACUGUCCGCACGAUCUUUCUUGUAGCGAUGAGUUGCCUGAGAACUUGCCCACUGUCUUGCUAGGUGGCCUGAGGCUGGAACCUGCCAAUUGCGCCCUCUCUGCAAAAUGCGCCAUCAAUGUGUUCGCUGACGAACAGGAGUUUGAAGAAAUGAAUCAAGAAAUUGUCAGGAAAAAUUUGAGAUUUGUCAGUCCAUAUCAACGUUACAAGAAAGUAAUAUCGGUUGAAAAUCAAGAAGAGGAAGAAGCACGUCAAAACUCCAAGGAUAAAGAAAAAAGAAAUGAGUUUAACAAGAACGCCGAGAAUCAAACCAAUGAAACUAAAGUCCAAGAUAGAACUACUGCUGCGGAAGUACAAAAUAAACCAGUUCCUGAACAUCUUUCCGAUAAAGAUAUUGAUGCAUUUGAGGCAUCUCAAAGACAAAUAGCAAAACGGAAGCGUGAGGAAUCUCCACCUAAUUCCAAUAGACCAGCUGAGGUCCAAACUCCUGUUGAAAGUCAUAAGAAAAAGAAGAAGAAACUUGAUAAUGACUUACCACUAAAAAAUCUACAGGACACGCCGAAGCGUAAUAAACAGAAAGCGCCGCAAACAACUGUUGUGGAACAGCCAACAGAAGAUGAUUCAGUCAUCCCGAAUUUACUUGGAGACCAAACUGAUGAUGAGAAGACAAAAAGUAAAAGUGAAAAGAGAAAGUCCGAAGAUAAUAAAGAUCAGCAAGAUUCUGCAAAAUCCGAGCAGAAGAAAUCAAAACGAGAUGAAACAUUCCAGCCUUAUAAUUAUGAAGCGUUUGAUUUUACCAAGUUUCAAACCCAGGAAAAACCAAAGAAGGUUCCGAAACAAACACAGCAAAACAAUUCCAGGGGGAGGAGAACGCCAUGGUUGGGAAAGAAGAUGAAGAAAGCUGGUCUUUGAAUUUUGUAAUCUCUAGGUAUUUAUCCAUUAAUUUUACAAUAUUCAACAUAUUGAAAUAUUGUUUGAAGAGAAAACUUUAAUUUGAAUCAGUGAUAAAGUUAUCACAGUGAUGUUGAAUUUUUAUGCAAUACGAUGUAUAAAUAGAAUUUUCACUGAAUUUUGA